CAUGUGAGCAAGAGGAGGACAUCGAGCACGGAGAGCAGCGAACAGGGACCUCUUAUGGAUUCCCCAACAUCCCCAUCUCUGUUGAACAGACACUCUGUAAAGGUUGAUUUGAUGCCAGAAAAGAAAGGACUACCCUUCCUCAAACAUGUGCAAUAUGAAAUCACAACAAAGCGCUACAGACUACCCGUACACAGGAGCUACAACGACUUCGAUGUGUUCCGCACACUGCUGAUCCAGAGGUUCCCCUACAGGAUGGUCUCCCAGCUGCCCCCAAAGAGGAUGCUUAAGGGGGUGCUGUCCUCCCAGUCGGAGGAAGACUUCAUUGAGUGCCGGCGGCGGGGUUUGGAGAGGUUCAUCGCGCUUAUCAUGCAGCACCCUUUCAUGAGUAAGGACGCCAUGGUGGACAUCUUCCUCUGUGCCAGCGCAGAGGAUGUGAAGAAGAAACUGAGAGAAUCCUUCAAAAACCUAGGGGAUGAGUUCUUGACCAAUUGGAGCGCAUGCCAGGCCAAGGACUACUUACCUUCUGACGUUGAAGAUCAGGUGGCCUCGUGUCGUGAAUUCAUAGGGAACAUUGAGUCCAGUUUCCAACACAUGAGGGACAAGAUGGAAAGAAUGACACAAAGGUCCAAUGAACACGCAACAGAUCUGCAGCUCUUCUCCCAUGAACUGGGGUACGAUGGGCCAGAGAGUAUGCUGGGUCACUGUCUGGGGCCGAAGCAGGAGCAUGUCCAGAGAGUGUGGAGCACACAGAGACAGUGUCUGAGACGAAUGUCAAAGGAGUUCACGACACUGGUCACUAAAGCAGAACAAAAGCAGGAAAGCCUGAAGGAGAUGGACGUGUUGGACAUACUGAACAUGUUCGUGGACCUGCUUCAUGCCUACAAGGAACUGUGGGAUCGCCAUGAGCACAGCAUGUUUAUAGAGCACCAGAAAGCUCUCCUGCAGAAUUCUACAUCUAAUCUCCGCCAGGGAGCCACGACAGCCAACAGCCUGGCAUUCUCCGACAUCCUCGGAGUUCAGCAGUUGGAGUCAAACCUCACUAAGCAGGAGAAUGCAAUCGUCACCAUGGAGUUGAGGAACGACUUCUCGCUGCUGUGUCUUUACCAGGAGACACAGCUCUUCCUCGGACACCUGCCUCUGGUCACACAGAUACUGGCCGGCUUUAUACGCACUCAGGGACAGGUUCACGCUGAGAUGGGGGCGCUGUGGUCUGAACUGGGUUUCAAGCUGACAAGCCUACGGGAGCCUUCCUGCAGCCCGGACCCCGAGCCAGAUGAGAUCCUCUCACCUUCCUCCUCCUCGGAACUUUGCUCUGUUAGUCUCGCAUCCAGCUCUGGGUUUCUGGUCCCGUCCAUCCAUGGAGACCCCUCGAUCAGCCCGAGUCGCCCCAGUUCUUGCCCUAGCACCCAAGUCAAACAGAUCCCCCAUCCUUCCCCACAUAACAGGCCCCAGCACCGAUGAGCUCCUCUGAAGAACAAACUUUUAUUUUCUUUUCUUUUUUACCUUGUGUGCGUAAAUCACCAUUAUUUUAAACUAUAACAUGUCAACUCUGAAUUUAACCACUAGAUGUCAGUGUUUUGCAAUCCAUUAAUAAAAAAAUGUAUUUCACAUUAUUUAAAGGCCCAAUAUGUAUGAU